CCUAGCUAUUGAACGUUUACCUAAAUCAUUGAUACUACAACAACAACGUAUAUUUCUAAAACCCAACGAGGUUUCCCGUCCUCAGACCUCAAUAGUCGUUCCUGAGAACUUGAAGUUUCAUCUCAAGGGGGUAUCCGAUACGUACAUAAGUACUUCCGACAGUACCGACGACCAUAUCUACACAUCAAUGCCAAUUAGACGCUCUUUGGGGUAUUUAUAUUCCCCGUGCAUCCUCAUGAUUAGUCGUGUUAUCGUCGACUACGUGGACACUCACGAUGACAACUUUCGCCAAAUCCUCCUUUGACAGCACCAUCUACGCGACUUUCAGGCCGAUCUACCCUAGGUCCUUGUUUAACUUCAUAUUCCGGUACCACGAGCGCAAUGAGGGUGCAAGAUGGGAUAGAGCAGUGGACCUUGGUUGUGGAACGGGUCAAGCAACUAUCGAACUCACACCCUUCAAGCACGUCACUGGUGUCGACCCAAGUUGUAAGAUGAUCGAAGUUGCUCAGGGUACCCUCCAGAAAACGCCAGAGUGUACUGGUCAAUAUGAGUACAUACAGGCGAGCGCAGAGAGUCUAACAUUCUUGGAGGAUAGCAGUGUGGAUCUAGUCAUUUCCGCCGAGGCAUGCCAUUGGUUCGAUUGGAACAAAACAUGGCCUGAGCUCGCAAGAGUGCUGAGGAAGAAUGGGAGUGUUACAUUCUGGAGAAUUAAGGCUUAUAUCGAAGGCACUGACCUACUGAACAGCGUUGGUCCAUACUGGGAGCAACCCGGCCGUUUGAUUUUAGAUAACCACUUGAUUGAAGUGCCAGAUGGCAAUGAAGUUGUACCUGGUGCGUUCAGUGAAUCCGAGAGGGUCUUCUUCACAGGCGACUACUACCCAUCCCUCCCUUCCCCACGCUCGGUGAUCAUGCGCAAGAAGAUGACGUGGGAUGACCUGCUAUCUUACCUUAAUACGUGGAGCUCGUUGCACACAUUCCGUCAGCACAACCCCACGGAUGGGGAAAAUCCGCGUGGAGAUGUUGCAAUGCGGUUCUGGAAAGAUCUUAAGGAAGGUGCCGAGCGGGAGGAUGGGAGACCCGUGGAAGGACAUGAUGAAGUAGACAUUGAAUGGCCGCUGGCAAUGAUAAUGGUUAAGAGGUUGUAA